GGGGCAGUAAUUUCUUACCGUCGAACGACCAAGCCAAGCAAGAUCUCGAGGCUCUCCGAGUUUCAGAAAGUCCCGCAGUGGCAGCGCCGCCGUCUCGAUUCCGGCGGAGGAUCUCCUGGCGUCGCCGAUCAAGCACAGUGGGUGGAGUCGGAGUCGGAAGUGGUGAAACUUGGGCUCCACAGGAAAGGGGAAUCGGUGGAUGGGAAAGUU